AUUUUACUCUCAACAACACUCUACACAUUCAAUUCUAAAAAAGUAUUUUUCUGUGAUAUUCUUGAUCAAUUUUUUUUUAUUUUGUAUAUUUUCAUCCAUGGCUCCAAUUUUUAACAAAGCUGAUGGAAACUUCAAAAUUCAUGUUGAUUGUUCAGACAUUACCUUGAAAAAUUCAAAAUUCUUGGUCAAUGACCAAAUCAUCCUUUCUCAUGUUCCAAAUAAUAUUAGUGCAACUCCAUCACCUUACACCACUAGGGACAAACCAGUAACUUCCACUCCGGGUUGCUUUGUGGGCUUUAAGGCAAAUGAAGCCCAGAGCCACCACGUUGUGCCAAUUGGGAAACUGAAGGACAUCAAGUUUAUGAGUAUUUUCCGGUUUAAAGUAUGGUGGACUACUCAUUGGACCGGAACUAAUGGAAGAGACCUUGAACAUGAGACUCAAAUGGUCAUUCUUGAUAAGUCUGAUUCAUUAGGCCGGCCUUAUGUCUUGCUUCUACCACUCAUUGAAGGCCCCUUCCGAGCUUCUCUCCAGCCCGGAAUGGACGAUUUCAUCGACGUUUGCGUCGAAAGUGGGUCCAGUAAAGUUACCGGAGACUCCUUCCAUAGCAUACUGUACAUGCAUGCAGGUGAUGAUCCGUACAGCUUGGUUAAAGAUGCAAUUAAAGUAGCUAGGAUUCAUCUAGGUACUUUUAAGCUCCUUGAGGAAAAAACACCUCCAGGAAUUGUGGAUAAGUUUGGUUGGUGUACAUGGGAUGCAUUUUACCUUACGGUGCACCCUCAAGGUGUGUGGGAAGGUGUGAAAGGGCUAGUUGAUGGUGGGUGUCCACCUGGGCUCGUGUUGAUUGAUGAUGGUUGGCAAUCCAUUUGUCACGACAAUGACCCAAUCACCUCAGAAGGUACAAAUAGAACUUCUGCCGGUGAGCAAAUGCCGUGUAGGCUUAUUAAAUUCGAGGAAAAUUAUAAGUUUAGAGAUUAUGUGAGUCCUAGAAGUUUGGGGCAGGGUGACCCUAACAAUAAGGGCAUGGGUGCUUUUAUUAAGGACCUUAAGGAGGAGUUCAACACAGUGGACUUUGUGUACGUGUGGCAUGCUUUAUGUGGGUACUGGGGCGGGUUAAGGCCCGGGGUAUCGGAUCUACCCGAAUCCAAAGUUAUUAGACCCAAAUUAACUCCUGGAUUAGAGAAAACAAUGGAAGAUUUGGCAGUUGAUAAAAUUGUGAACAAUGGAAUUGGGUUGGUCCCACCAGAAAUUGCUGAAAAGUUGUACGAGGGUCUACACUCUCACCUAGAAUCUGUUGGGAUUGAUGGUGUCAAAGUCGACGUCAUUCACUUGCUGGAAAUGCUAUGUGAGGAUUAUGGUGGUAGAGUGGAUUUGGCUAAGGCUUAUUAUAAAGCCUUGACAGCUUCAGUAAAGAAACAUUUUAAUGGAAAUGGAGUCAUUGCUAGCAUGGAACAUUGCAAUGAUUUUAUGUUUCUUGGUACUGAGACUAUUGCCCUUGGUCGUGUGGGAGAUGACUUUUGGUGCACAGAUCCUUCUGGUGAUCCAAAUGGUACAUUUUGGCUACAAGGUUGCCACAUGGUGCAUUGUGCCUACAAUAGCUUGUGGAUGGGCAAUUUUAUUCACCCAGACUGGGACAUGUUUCAGUCAACACACCCUUGUGCUGAGUUCCACGCAGCUUCACGAGCUAUUUCUGGUGGCCCUAUUUACAUUAGUGACUCUGUUGGCCAACACAACUUUGACCUACUCAAAACAUUGGUGUUGCCUGAUGGUUCCAUCCUGCGUUGCCAACAUUAUGCACUUCCCACUCGUGAUUGCCUCUUUGAAGAUCCACUCCAUAAUGGAAAAACUAUGCUCAAAAUUUGGAACCUCAAUAAGUAUACGGGAGUCGUUGGUGCAUUUAAUUGUCAAGGUGGAGGGUGGGACCGUGAGGCUAGACGUAACAUUUGUGCUUCUCAAUAUUCCAAGGCUGUGACUUGUCAGGCCGGCCCAAAAGAUGUUGAGUGGAAGCAUGGAACAAGCCCAAUUUACUUGGAAAAAAUUGAAACCCUUGUGCUCUACUCAUUCAAAGAAAAGAAGUUGGUUUUGGUAAAGCCAACAGACAGGGUCCAAAUCACUCUCGAGCCUUUUAAUUUCGAGCUUUUAACGGUUUCUCCUAUUACAAUUUUGGGAACCAAAUCAGUCCAAUUUGCUCCAAUUGGGCUGGUGAAUAUGCUCAAUACAGGUGGGGCGAUUCAGUCGAUUGAGCUGGACGAUGAAUCUAAUUCAGUUGAAGUUGAAAUAAAAGGCGUUGGCGAAAUGAGGAUUUUUGCUUCUCAGAAACCAAGCACUUGUAAGACUAAUGGAGAAGUUGUCCCAUUUGAAUAUGAGGAUUUCAUGGUUAAAAUUGAUGUACCAUGGUCCAGUCCUUCUGGUUCAUGUGUCAUUGAAUAUUUGUUUUGACAUAACUAGCUAAUCAUGAGCUGGUAAGUUUUACCUAUC